UCCCACCUGCUCCACCACACCUCCACUCGCAAGCCCUUCAACCCUCGGCCUCGCGCUACUUUCCCAGCACCUGCCACGACUGCGCAUCUUCACCCCGCCCACUGCAACCAUGGCGAACGACGAAUAUGACUUUCUCUUCAAGGUUGUCCUCAUUGGAGACUCGGGCGUCGGUAAAUCCAACCUGCUGAGUCGAUUCACACGCAACGAGUUCAACCUCGACUCCAAGUCGACCAUCGGCGUCGAGUUUGCGACCCGUUCCAUUCAGGUGGACGCCAAAACCAUCAAGGCCCAGAUCUGGGACACCGCUGGCCAAGAGCGAUACCGCGCCAUCACCUCCGCAUACUAUCGUGGCGCAGUUGGAGCGCUGCUAGUCUACGACAUUAGCAAGCACCAAACGUACGAGAACGUGACAAGGUGGCUGAAGGAACUGCGCGACCAUGCCGACUCAAACAUCGUCAUUAUGCUUGUCGGUAACAAGAGCGAUUUGAGGCAUCUGCGGGCAGUGCCUACCGAGGAGGCCAAACAAUUCGCAAGUGAUAACAACCUGUCCUUCAUCGAGACGUCUGCCUUGGACGCCAGCAACGUCGAGCUGGCCUUCCAGAACAUCCUUACAGAAAUCUACCGCAUUGUCUCGAGCAAAGCCCUGGAUCAGGGAGAAGGCAGCCAGAACGUCCUCGGCGGCGAGCGCAAAGUCCUUGAAAUCAGCAAGUCCGCCGAUGCAGAGCAGAAGAAGGGAUGCUGCUAGACGACCAAACUUUACGCUUUACACACGAUUGAUGUUCACGCACCCGUAAAUGGGCUAGAGAGAGCCAACGGGUUCUAGACGACGACUAUACAGCGUGCCACGCUCAACGAUUCAGAUACACAUGCCAUGCGAACGCUCACGAGUCAUGCGAAUGUCUACGGCGUCUGGGAAGUUUAUUCAGUCCGCCGACUUAGGGGGCUGUGUUUUGCUUUCUUUGCAUGCGCGCUGGGAGAUUUUUUCUUUUUUGUUACUCCGGCGGCGGUAAUGCGAUGUGCUGCUGUAUGAAUUGAUAUCACGACAGCUAUGUUAAUUCAUAUGAGCUUCUUAUGAUAUGCUCCGCUUUUGUUCAACCCACCUUGAAUUACCUUCUUGCACGUCUGACAGCCUAACGAGUAUAAAAGGGCU